AUCAAUAAUAUUGGGAAACUGAAGGAUUUUCUCCUGGAGCACAGGAAGGACUAUAUCAAUGCCUGCAGUCAUGUAACCUCGAAGUAUUCCCGUAUGACUGACACAGAGCGUGAUCAGAUUGAUCAGGAUGCGCAGACUUUUAUGAGAACGUGUUCUGAUGCUAUCCAGCAACUUAGAACAGAAGCAAGUAAGGAUACCGUUUCAUCUCAAGUGAAAGAGCAUAGAAAUGCCGUCCUGGAUUUAAUUGGAGACUAUUUAAAAAGAGUGUGUAAGCUGUACUCAGAGCAGAGAGCCAUCAGAGUUAAACGUGUCGUGGACAAGAAAAGAUUGUCAAGGCUGGAACCAGAACAGAUCCAUAAAGUGAAGGCACAGCACACAACAGAGACAACCACCUCUGGGAAUACAGAAGGGAAGGAGGAAGGCAAACAAGCCGGAGAAGAUAAUACAGAAAGGACGGUGUCUGACGCUCAGAGCACUUCAGGUCUAUGGGAUGACAGUCUAGGUGAAGAUGAAUUGUCCCCAGAGGAGAUUCAAAUGUUUGAGGAGGAAAACCAGAGACUUGUCAGCGAGAUGAACAGUCUGUUCGAUGAAGUAAGGCAAAUAGAAGGCAAAGUGGUUGAAAUAUCCCGACUGCAAGAAAUAUUCACAGAGAAGGUGCUGCAGCAGGAAACAGAGAUUGACAAUAUCCAUCAACUCGUCGUGGGCGCCACAGAAAAUAUCAAAGAAGGAAAUGAAGAUAUACGAGAGGCUAUAAAGAAUAAUGCAGGCUUUAGAGUGUGGAUCCUCUUCUUCCUAGUCAUGUGUUCAUUCUCUUUACUCUUCCUGGACUGGUAUGAUAGUUAA